GUGGAGUAUUGUUCGCUAUUAGGAUGAGUUAGACCCGGGUUCGAAAGCGAUUCAAGCUGGCGGGACCGUGCCGUUGUCGUUCCUGGUGCAGAUCCGUGACCACCCAUCCCGAGAUGGUGCUGGGUUGACCCAAGUCAAAAUGUCAAAGUCACGAACAGUCCCGCGUCUCCACCCACUGUUACACUAGUCAGGAUGUCACUGGAAUCUUCUUGGACACCCACAUUCCCCUCCGAUUUGGACAGUAAUCCUGACUUCUCCCCUCCCCCAAUGUCUUACAUCACUUCCCAAGAGAUGAAGUGUGUUCUUCACUGGUUCACCAGCUGGUCGGGUCCCCAGCGGGAACGUUUCCUACAGGACUUGGUAGCAAAGGCAGUGCCUGGGAAGAUACAGCUACUGCUGGAAAGUCUAGAGCAACUUUGUGUGUCUGGAACAAACCGGCCUCCCUGUAUCUUUGAAUGUCAGCUACGUCUCUGGGAUCAGUGGUUUCGAGGCUGGGCUGAGGAGGAACGCAAUGAAUUCAUUAGGCAGCUGGAGGCCAGUGAACCAGACUUCGUGGCCAAGUUUUACCAGGCAGUUGCCGCUACAGCUGGUAAGGACUGAUGGACAUUAAAAUAAAAAUGACCAUAGUUGAUAGAACUGAGAAAACAGCUUUGUAAUAGGAACUUGAAAUGUGUCAUGUAAAAACAUGGAGAUCAUUUCCAGUCCACUGACUGAACUUGCUGACCUGUCUGGUUAUUUCAGUAUUAAUAGGCUUAUCCACAAGACUCCUAGUGUAAAUGUUUUCCACCAAAGCAAAUCAUAUAAGCAGUCUGCCUUCUAACUAGCUGCUUUUCAGAAGCUAUCAACUCAAGAAUUAAGGGCUGCUGUUGUAACUAUAACCGAAAGGAACCUACAUGUUAUAACUCAAGCCUGCUGUUUCCCAGGGAACAUAGUCUAUCCACUCAGGAAGUAGGGGUGGAGGGCAAUAAAAGGCCUUCCAGUAUGGUUACUUGGAGCUGAGGCAUUGUGUUGAGGGUGGAAAGGACUCACUGCUGCCAGUAAUGUUUGGGGACCAUAAGGCAGGGGACUGAACCCAAAGCAUACUUUCAGUAAAAAGUCAUGUUUCUUUUGGUUUCAGUGGAUUCAGACACUUGGUUUUGUUACUGCCCAGAUUGUAGCAUAAUUAAUGUAACACCCCAGUUACUAGUUUUCCUAUUAAAGAGAAAGUUGAGGGGUCAGAGCGUUUUGCCUUGCACGUGGCCGACCCAGGACAGACCUUGGUUCAAUUUCUGGCAUCCUGUAUGGUCCCCUGAGCCUGCCAGGAGUGAUUUCUGAGUGCAAAGCCAGUAAUGACUCCUAAGUGCUGCCGGGUGUGUGCCAAAAAGCAAACAAACAAACAAACAAACAAAAGAUAGUUGAAUUAUGGAGAAUCAAGAAAGGUAGCAACUCUACUACUUCCUCCUCCUUGUGCUUGAAUAGCAGCAAUUUCUCCCACUCCUAAGGCUUAAAGCCUGGUGGCCCUUCCUUGGAACUGGUAGUAAUUGUGUUCCUGUUCUGUAUAUUUGCUUUACAAUGGCAAGAAAACUAGCAAUUCGAUAUAGGUUGAAGAUUUAUUAUUUUUUUAGAUGUUUAUGUUAAAAAAAUA